AUGUCAGCGGCAGAGAGCAUUUCACAAGUUAAUAUAAAAGAGGACUCUGUGGAUUUAUAGUUAUUAAGUCCUCCAGCUCCCAUUAUGAGAAAUACAUUUGGUUAUCGCUAAUUUUCCUUUCCAUUUAUUUACCCAUAACAAGCCCCUGUGCUUGUUAGAUAGAUGCUUGUUUACCUGAACUAUGCAAUAAAAAUACCAGUAAGUGAAGGAACUACAGCUGAUUGUAAAUAAUGCUUGAUCGUAUAUUGUCAGUAUGGUUUUGGUUUGGAUCAGAUCGCCCUGGUUUCUUUCUGGGAACAUCUUUAUUGACCACAUUGAUGCUGCUGGUGUAUGCUGGGGGGAUUCAAGCAAGUCUCAGUUUAGGGCCAGGUGGAGACUUCCCAAGGUUCAGAGAUGUGUUCCUGUAUGCUUUAAGUCACGAUGACCUGCCUUCCUUGCUGGUCAGUGUUGCCCUCCUGCUGUUGGUUGGACCAUGUCAGGAGCGCCGCUGGGGAACAGUUGCAUUCCUCGCCCUCUCCAUCAUGACAAUGACCAUAUUACCUCUCCUUUACACCCUGGUCCUCUUUGUCUUUGGGGCUGAAGCAAGUCGGAUCUAUGGCUAUUCAGCCAUCCAGCUGGCCUUGUUUACUGCCCAGUGUCGUCAGGUGACCCAGAGGAGGCUGCUGAGGUGUUUGCCAGUUUGGUUUCUCCCCUGGCUCCUUCUGCUGCUCGGUCUGCUGCUGCUCCCAGGCACACCCGCCCUGCUUCACUUCUGCGCAAUAUGCAUUGGUCAUAACUAUCAUCAGUCCUUCAUUGUGAUGUUACAGGAGUUCGAGGAAGUCAGCAUCUUGAAUUUCAUUCCUGAUUCAGCAUAUGUUCCCACUUCAGCAAGGUUCAGAUUGCCCACCUACACUACCUCACAGAGAUCUAGAUCACUUUCUGAGAUGGUGCCUGUAGAUCAGGCAGCUCCAGAUCCUGCUCCCAUGAGGGAUCCCUCAGUUUUGAACCACCACCCGUGGAUGGAGCCAGUGCCUGACUGGACAAUGCAACACCCUGCUGCACUGACUGAGGCAGAGAUAUUGGAGGAACAGAUGCUACGGGCUGGGAUAUUCGCUUCCUUACAGGAUGCUCCUGAGGAUGCAGAUGCAAAAGUAGAAGUGCCCAAAUCAUCAGUUUCCUCCCUGCGACUCCAGCAGCUGGAGAAGAUGGGCUUUGCAACAGAAAAAGCUGUAGUUGCAUUAGCAGCCUCAAAACAGCUAGAUGGCGCCAUCUCGCUGCUCAUUGACGACAGUGUUGGAGAACAGGCUAUUGUGACUUCGAAAGGGAAGAACCCUAUGCCACCACAGAGCACAUAGGCAA